GCGGUCUACGGCAGAGACGCUCUCACGAUUUUCGGCGUGUUCUAGGCUAGGAACAUCGCCGAUCGUUCACGGUGUCUCUUUUGCUUCGUCGAACGUAGAUUCAUCCUAAAUAACGUCCAAAGUCUUGCAAACGUUUUCGCUAAACGAGAGACUUUCAUAAUUUAGUGCUAACGUUAACAAAGUUGUGUUAAUUGUUAACAAUACAGACAUAGAGCUUCAGGAAAAUUAUAGGAAAGAGGAAUACCUCGCUGUUGAUGUAUCCCUCGGUGCGUGAUUUGUGAAUUGUGUAACAACUAAAAAACUUUGAUAGUUGCCAGUAUUUACUAUUAGCUUCACGCUCGGUCUUGUUAUGAGAACUUGUUCGAAAAAGGGUGACGUGUAGAAAAGAAAGAAGGUGAUAUCAUGCAAACCUGAACUUCUGUUCCAUUGUACGAGAAGAGGUGGUACGUCGCUUGUAAAAAGUAAACAAUUUGGAACUAUUGUUAAAUAUAAAGCAACAAUGGUUUAUGGCCAUUGAUCGGUGUUCAGUCAUCAAUCGACGUCAUUAUUUUCUUCGGCCACAUUUUUUACUACAUCUAAAUAGAUGCCAUGGGUUUCGAAGACGAAAGAAGCGACUCGGAAGAGGAACAUGAUAAAUCCAGGAGCAAUUCUCCAGAUUCGCAAAAAUCUGGUAGCAAUGUAACGGGAAACAGAUCAAAAUCACAUUCGGCUAGUCCUAAAUCUUCACCCGCUAGGUCGAAUCAAUCGUCUCCGGUGCGAAAUGGAUCACCAGCUUCUGUCCGUUCCAACGCGAGCUCUAGGAAGUCUUAUUCUAGAUCGCCAUCCAGAUCACCUUCGCCGAAUGGAUCUGUUUCACCGUUGAACGGCAAAAGAAGCGUAUCUAGAUCACGUUCUAAAUCCCGUUCUCCGGAACGUACAGGGACGAGUGCGAGAGAUGGCUCACAAUCACCGGCACAUUCGCAUCGCUCUAUUAAAUCAGGCUCGAGAUCUCCAAGUUCCUCUCAUUCCUCGUCCAGAAGUUCUCGCGCAGCAUCGAGAAAUAAUUCACGUUCCAGAUCGAGAUCGAAUUCCCCAAACCCAAGCAAUACUCCAUCUAAAUGUGCUUCGCCAAAGUCAAACUUUCAACCGUCUUCUAGAUCUCCCUCGCCCCGGGCAAUUUCCAAAUCGCGAUCUCGUUCGAGAUCCCUUUCUCGAUCUCAUUCUGGCUCUCCAAAAGCCUCAGUCCAUUCACGCUCUCGAUCGGGAACUCCCAAGUCUUUCCGUACGUCUAGAUCCAGAUCUAGGUCAAGAUCAGAAUCAGUUAAUCCAAAAGAAGUUAAAGCUAGCUCAAGAUCGAGAUCAAGAUCUCUGUCUAAAAAAGGUUCUCGUUCGCCAUCAGCAUCUCCAAAUCGAUCACCAAUGAUGGCAAGACAAUCAAGAUCACGUUCUGUGAAUAGUUCUAGGAAAGGUUCUCCAGAUUUAGAAAAAAGUCCGCGUUUUAGAUCUCGUUCCAACUCGGCAGAUAGAAAAUCUAAGUCAAGGUCUAGAUCAAGGUCUGGUUCUAGGAAACUGUCGAUAUCACCUUUGCGAGAAGGACGAGUUUUAUCACGUUCAAAGUCCAAGUCAAAAUCUAGAUCUUUAUCGGGUUCGAGAAAAGGCUCGCGUUCAAGAUCACGAUCAAGAUCACAAAAAUCAGGAUCUAGAGGAAAAUCAAGGUCCAUAUCAGGUUCACGUAAAGGUUCCGUAUCUCCUGCGCACUCGAGAAAGAACUCCCGCUCAAGAUCCAGAUCCAGCUCGCGAUCUAGUAAAUCUAAAUCGAGAUCCCGUUCUGUUUCAAGAGCUUCACGAUCGAGAUCUCGUUCAGGAUCCAGGAAGUCAGUAUCGAGAUCGAGAUCGCGAUCUCGUUCAAGGUCAAAAUCUGGUUCGAAAUCACGUUCAGUCUCACGUUCGAGGUCAAGAUCAGGAUCGAGAUCGAAAUCAAGAUCGAGGUCCAGGUCAAGAUCCAAAUCGAAAUCGAAGUCACGUUCACGGUCAAGAUCGAGAUCGAGAUCACAUUCUAGAUCGAGAUCAAGAUCUGGAUCAAGUGCCAGAUCCAGGCAUUCGUCGCGUUCGAAAUCCCGAUCUAGAUCUAGAUCCGUCUCCGGAUCUAGAAGAUCCAGAAGUCCUAGCAGAGAUUCGGAUGGAGUAGUUAGAAAACGAAAUAGAGUAUUAUCGGACUCCGAAGAAGAAACUGACGAAGCUAAAGCAAAGAAGCGAAUGAAAAAUGACUUAUCAGAUUCCGAGCAUGAAGAUGAGAACGAAAAGAAGAAGGACGAUGAGGGGCAUGAAGAGAAAGAAGGUGAAGAUGAAGGAAAUAAACAAUUAGAUGUAACAGCUGUCAGUGAGCAACAGGAUAAUGAAGAUUCUGACGAUGGAAUUAUUACUAGUGGUGGAAUGGACGACCUGUCCGAUUUCGAUCGCAUGUUAGCGCGAAAAAAAGAGGAACAAUCCCGUAGGCGUAAACGAAAAGACAUUGGUAUCAUCAAUGAUAACGACGAUAUCAUAGCACAAUUGUUAUCGGACAUGAAAGCCGCAGCUGAGGAGGAUAGAAGGUUGAAUCAACAAAAUAGGCCUGCCACGAAUAAGAUUGCCAUGUUAUCCAAAAUAUUGUCGCAGCUUAAGAAACAUGACUUACAAUUAGCUUUCUUGGAACACAACGUGCUGUCAGUCCUUACUGACUGGUUAGCACCGAUGCCUGAUCGUUCGUUACCGUCUCUUAAAAUCAGAGACAAUCUUCUAAAAUUGUUAUGGGAGUUUCCAAAAAUUGAUCAAUCCUCGCUGAAGCAGUCCGGUAUUGGGAAGGCUGUGAUGUAUCUUUAUAAGCACCCAAAAGAAACUAAGGAGAACAAAGAGCGCGCUGGAAAGUUGAUCAACGAGUGGGCCCGACCUAUUUUUAAUUUAUCGGCGGAUUUCAAGGCGCUUUCGAAAGAGGAGAGGAUGCAAAGGGACCUGGAGCAGACGCCUCAGAAGAGAAGAAAAAUCGAGGAAGGUGGAUCCUCCCAAAAAUCACAAGAUAUUAAUAAGGCCUUGAAAGGAGAUUCCAAACCAUUGAGACCGGGCGAUCCUGGAUGGGUGGGAAGGGCCCGAGUUCCCAGGCCAUCUAACAAAGAUUAUGUCAUACGGCCCGACUGGAAAUCAGACGUUGAUAUCAGUAGGAGUACCAAGAAGCAAAUGAGUCGAUUCGAGAGGCACAUGAAGAAUUAUAUGGACAGCAAGCGUAUGAAGUCGGCAAGAAGAGCAGUAGAUAUAUCUAUAGAGGGUCGCAAAAUGUCUUUGUAAUAUCUACAUGUUUCUUAUGCUUUAUGCGCAGUUAGACACUUGUGGCGAUGUUUCCUGAUGAUUGUGUGUAACAAAAAAAAGUUAUACGGCCUGAUCGAUUUAGUUCGCACGUAAAUCUCGGGUUGCGAAUUAGAGAUAAAACAUGCUCUUUGUUUUCUUUCUGACGAUAGAGAAUAUGUAGUUUUAUUUUACCAAGUCGAUAGCAAAAGAAGUUAUGCAAUUUUGUUACAUAAUACAAGAAAUAGUCGCAACGUAAAACACGUACGUUUUAAUCGGAUAGUUUCAAUUAAUUUUGACAACCCAGAGUAUUGCUGGUUUAAGCAUCGAAAGUGUUAAGUAAUGUAUUAUUUUAGUCUCUAUAAAUAUGAUUAAAUAAAAGUGCAGUCGUUAAAUUUGUGUACAUUUUGUUCUAUACAAGCUGAUAUUAAUGUCAAAUGUAUGCAAUUGUAAGAGAUAUGGCUGUAGCAUUGUUAUAUAUAUUGACAAUCUCACAAAUAAAAUGUUGAAAGCCGAAAAGAAUUUAUGCUCUGUAUAAGAUUAAUAAUAAAAGGAUGUGCUUGCUA